GCAGGGGAAUCGUGUAAGCGCAAGUCGGUACGAAACCAGUAUAUCACACGUGGAGUUGGUGACAUCUUUCCAGAUAAUGAGCGAUUCGGUGAUGGGAGUGCUUCGACGAUAUUAUUCUGCUGCGAUGUGACGACUCGAAAUCACGACAAGCACAAAGAAAUGUCGACUACAAAGACGUGGCGCAAUGGAGAUUUAGACCAGCCUGUCAUUUGCAAUUUGCAAUUACUUCUAGUAUCGAUAUUACAACUUUACGCCAGGUGGGAAACCGUUCGUAUAUUUGAUGAUGACAUUGAUUGGAAAGUCAAAUCGCGUCGAUCGAGGGGGAAAGUCUUAGAUCUGAUCGCCAGGGUCACAGAAAGCCAGAUGGUCCGCUACACCACUUCGACUCUUCUAUACAUUGAUACAGAGCGACAACAAGCUGCCAGAAGGCACAGUCAAUUUUCAGACCAGAAGAGCUCGCAGGGAAAGUCAAUAAGUUACCGUCUCUCGGCAGGCAUCACUGCGAUUGAAACAGUACUGUGCCUUCAGACAAGUACGAGUCUCACAUGCUUUGACAAAUGUAGAGAUGGAAGCGAAGUAAUGAAAUUAAAGAGGGCCAGUAAAAGGCGUCAAGGCAGCGACGGGGGUAUAGGUCUGUCUACUGCCUGAACCCCUUGACUAGAAAUAAAAUAAUCAAGAGGAACUCCACAUUCCCGCAACAAAGCAAGCGGUUCUGUUCUAACCAUGGUCCACCAUCGCCAACAACGCCCACAU